UACGCUAGCUCCGUUUACCUCCGCGUAACUGACAGAAAGCCCAGCCUGGAGUUCCUCAGCGCUGAUGGUGAAUAGCCACUGCUGCGGUAACGGGCGGAGGAGAAGAAGCCGCAGAAGGAGUCAGCGGUGGCAGAGGAAUGAUAGUUCUGAGUUAGUCUUCUACAAUUAACAGUAUUACGUGUAUCAUCUGAUCCUUACCAACCCCAGAAGGGAAGGGAAAAAGAAGUAAAGAUGGCGGCCGCGGCCUCGCCGGGCUCCGGCUCGUCCACCUCUUCAGACUGGAUUGUACUGAGAGACGGUUGCCUGCGUUGCGACGAGGAGGGCCUGCGAAGCCUUUCCUACCACCCGGCCCUCAACGCUAUCCUGGCCGUUACCAGCCGCGGCAGUAUCAAAGUAAUUGACGGCACUUCGGGGGCCAUUCUCCAGGCUUCAGCGUUGCACGCUAAACCUGGCGGUCGUGUCAGGUGUCAGUACUUCCCUGCAGUGGACAAGGUCCUUUUUGUGGACGACUAUGCAGUGGGAUGCAGGAAGGACCUGAAUGGCAUCCUGCUCCUGGACACAGCUCUCCAGCCUCCAGUGGCCAAGCCGGAGGACCUGGUUCAGCUGGAGCUGCCGGUCACAGAGGCCCAGCAGAUGCUGUCAGCCUGUCAGGAAAAGAUUGAUGUGUCUAACACAGAGGGCUAUGAACUCUUCAUCACCCAGCUCAAAGAAGGCCUGAAGAAUACCUCACACGAGACGGCAGCCAAUCACAAAGUGGCUAAGUGGGCGACAGUGACCUUCCAUCUUCCCCACCACGUGCUGAAGCUGGUGGCCAGCGCUAUCGUCAAUGAGCUGAAGAAGAUAAACCAGAACGUAGCUGCCUUGUCUGUGGCCUCAUCCAUCAUGGACAGGCUCUCCUACCUCUUGUCAAGCGCCAGGCCUGAGCUCGGGGUGGGCCCCGGGCGCUCUGUAGAUAGAUCUUUGAUGUACAGCGAGGCCAACAGGAGGGAGACCUUUACAUCGUGGCCACAUGCUGGGUACAGGUGGGCUCAGCCUGACCCAAUGGCUCAAGCAGGGUUUUACCAUCAGCCUGCCUCAACAGGGGAUGACAGAGCCAUGUGUUUCACCUGCAGUGUGUGUCUGGUCUGUUGGGAACCUACGGAUGAGCCCUGGUCUGAACAUGAGCGACAUUCUCCCAAUUGUCCCUUUGUGAAGGGCGAGCACACACAGAACGUGCCGCUGUCAGUGACACUGGCAACCAGCCCUGCCCAGUUUCCCAACAACCUCGACAGUUCAGACAAGAUCGCCUGCUAUGGCUUCGGCAGCUGCCCGCAGUUUCUGGCUGCUGCCACCAAGAGGGGGAAGAUCUGCAUCUGGGAUGUCUCCAAAAUGAUGAAGGUGCACUUGAAGUUUGACAUCAAUCCGUACGACCCGGCCAUCCUGAGGCAGCUGAUUCUGUGUGGUGGUGAACAGAGCCAGCAGACACUCACAGAGUCUCGGAGACCAACUCUGGCCUGGCUCGAGGAGUCAUCCUCCUGCUCUGACCUGCCCAAGCUAGAGGGAGACAGUGAUGACCAGUUGGAGGAUUCAGACAGUGAUGAGCAUUCCCGAUCAGAGUCCGUAACAGGCCAGCAGUCCCAGUGGGAGAGCAUGGAUGUCAGCCUGGGGGUGACGUCUCUGAGUGUGCUCCAGCAGCCAGAGAAGCUCCAGUGGGAGGUAGUGGCCAGUGUGCUGGAGGACACGGUCAAGGACCUGGAGGAAUUGGGUGCCAACCCUUCACUAAACCAAGCCAAGGCCCAUAGCCAGGCCAAAGCAAAGGACAAGGUCUCUGACCACCACAACAUUCCCUUCCCCUGCCUGCUGGCCGGAGGCCUGCUCAGCUACCGCUCAGCAUCCAGCACCCCCAUGGCUGGACCCCCACCCACAGCCCCAGCUACAACACGCAGGACCACAGAUGGUCCCCUUAGGACUCAGGGCCCUGACCCCUCCCACUCUGGGCCUCUACAGGACCAGGGUCCCAUGGAGAUAGAGACCUGCAACUCCCAGACUGCAGCCCAGGAGCAGGGCUUCUCUAACAUAGUAGGUUCCCAUCCACCGAGUCCCUCUUCUCUGCCAGCUUUGCGCAGGACUAUACCCGUGCUGCUGCUGUACAGUAUCAGAGAGGUGGAUGACAAGUCCUCAGGGCAGGUGUUUGCCCAAAUGAACAACCUAAUGAGCAAGGGGCUCCACGAGGAGGGCUUCACUGUGCCACAGAUUAUAGAGAUGGAGUUCGACACACACGAGCAGCUUCUUCUUCAGGAUCCCCCCAUCACUUACAUUCAACAGUUUGCUGAUGCAGCAACUAAUCUGGCAGGGUUUGACGGUCACAUGGACAAAUGGAGCACACUGUCUGCAGCAACUGCCUCCACCCCGCCUCGACCUGGAGCACUGGUGCAGUGCUUGAGGCUGCCCAAACAGCUGGAAGAGGAGAAUCUUUAUGUGGACUCUAUCACGCCCUGCUGGGAUGGUGUGCACCUUCUGGUGGGCCUGCAACCAUGUGGCGCUGAAUCUCUGAGCGCUACAAACCAAGUGGAGGCCCUCAACAAUCUCAACCGCCUGCACUCUGCCCUCUGCAGCCAGCGCAAAGGAGACCCCCUCCACUCAGUGGCCAAUGGGGUCGAAGGCCACCACUCAGGGGGGUCACCACCUCAGACCCCCCUCAUUCUGCCCCCGGGAGACCAGCAGCAGCAGCAGAGGACCCCAAGUGGUGGGAGUGGAGGCUAUCUUGCACUCUACAAGCUUAACUACUCCACACGUAUUGUCACCUUGGACGAGGAACCUCUUCCAGUGCAGCAGAUGUCGCUGUUAACAAGAUUGAUACCCAUUUCCCCCCCCUCCGUGUGGAGCAGCCAAAAGUCCUGGGGAGGUCAGCUUACUGUCACCUGUCCCUUGGCCUCUGCCUGGGGCCACAAAGAGUGCAAGCGGUUAGAUGUGACUGGCCUGGGCCACCUGGUGGUCACCACACAGGCUGGGUACAUUAUGAUACUGGACCUGUCCACGUUGGAGGUCCUGGCCAAGGUGGAGCCGCCUAUAAAGGAGGGCUCAGCAGAGGAGACGGACCCCUUUGUCUCAGUUACCUAUUGCUCUGGGACCGACCGCCUUUGUGCCUGUACCAAAGGUGGAGAACUUCAUUUCCUUCAAAUUGGAGGUGUGUGUGACGAUAUAGAUGAUGGAGACAUGUUUAUUGAUGGCCCCCUUUCUAAAGGGGCUGAACUGCUGCUUGAGGGGACCAAACCCUGCUCCAACCCCUCUAGUCCUGGGAUCACAGGAGUGGACCUCCUGGUGGACCAACCGCUGACCACAGAGAGCCUCAUGUCACUAGUGGAGCUGACACGCUUCGAGACGUUGACCCCCCGUUUCUCGGCCACAGUGCCACCGUGCUGGGUGGAGGUGCAGCAAGAACAGCAGCAGCGCCGCCACCCACAGCACCUUCACCAGCAGCAUCACGGAGAUGCAGCCCAACACACCCGCACCUGGAAGCUUCAGACUGACGGCUCCAGCUGGGAUGAGCAUGUGUUUGAGCUGGUGCUGCCCAAGGCUUGCAUGGUGGGCCAUGUUGACUUCAAGUUCCUCCUGAAUGCCAACAUCGUCAACAUUCCUCAGAUCCAGGUCACUUUACUGAAGAACAAAGCACCCGGGCUGGGCAAAGUCAGUGAGACAGCGGUGGACAGACAGAUCUCCUUCCCCCUCUCCAGUGUCCUCCAUGCUAACGGGGAAAGGAACGGCCAGCCCCUUUUGCAUGACUUCACAGAGGACAUCCAGUUUAUGGACAUAGAAGAGACAUCAGGCUCCAUGCUGUGUCCAUUCCUAGAGGACCACAAGGAGGACAUCCUUUGUGGUCCAGUGUGGCUGGCCAGUGGGCUGGACCUCUCUGGCCAUGCGGGCAUGCUCAGCCUCACCAGCCCCAAGCUGGUCAAAGGCAUGGCAGGUGGCAAGUACCGCUCAUUCCUGGUUCACAUCAAAGCGGUGAGUGACAGGGCCAUGGAGGAGAGCCCACGGCCUGUGGUGAGGAUGCCAAGUGCCAAGCCCCAGAGCACCAAAGCCCACUCACUGUCUACACUGCUGCAACGGGCUCAGGCCUCCAAGGUCUCUGUAGUGAAAAGCGAAACCACUGCACCUUUGAAAAAAGUAGAAAACCUGCGAGGAUGUGACCUGCUGCAGGAAGCUUCAGUCACAAUCAGACGGUUUAAGAAGACGUCAAUACCCAAAGAAAGGGUCCAACGCUGUGCUAUGCUGCAGUUCCCAGACUUCCAUGAGAAGCUGCUGGACGCGCUGUGUCGGCGGACUGAGGACAGCCCGGCCACGGAGCAUGCCCAAAGCCUCAUCCUAGACAUCUUGUGCUGGCUGGCUGGGGUUUUCUCCAACGGACCCUGCAGUUUAAGAGAAGGAAAAGAGGGCCUGCUGGUGAAAACCCGAACGCGGCUAACGGAUAUUGUGCGGAUGUGUUUCUUCGAGGCUGGCCGGAGCAUAGCGCACAAAUGUGCUCGCUUUCUUGCACUUUGUAUCAGCAAUGGGAAAGGGGAGCCGAGUCAACAGGGUUUUGGUGUGAGUCUCCUGAAGGCUAUGCUUGACAAUAUGCCUUACUUGCCUGCAGCAGCAACAGGUGGCUCAGUGUUCUGGUAUUUUGUGUUGCUGAACUAUGUGAAGGAAGAGGACCUGGCGGGCUGCAGCACUGCCUGUGCUGCCCUGCUCACCACCAUCUCUCGCCAGCUGCAGGACCGCCUCACCCCGCUGGAGGCACUGCUGCAGACCAGGUACGGCCUGUACAGCUCUCCGUUUGACCCGGUGCUCUUUGACCUGGAGGUCAGUGGUUCCUCCUGUAAGAAUGCCUUCAACAGCAGCAUCGGAGUCCAGUCAGAUGAGAUCGACCUCUCUGACAUUCUGUCAGGGAAUGGAAAAGUAAGCAGCUGUGCAGCAGCAGAAGGCAGCUUCACAGCAUUGACAGGACUCCUGGAGGUAGAGCCUUUGCACUUUACUUGUAUCUCCACUAGUGAUGGCACACGAGUGGAACGAGAUGACGCCAGCAUGUUCACCGUGAGUACAUUUGGCGUGACGCCUGCGGUGGGCGGCCUGUCGACAGGAACGGUUGGUGAAGCUUCUACAGCUCUGAGCUCUGCAGCCCAGGUAGCCCUGCAGUCGCUGUCCCACGCCAUGGUGUCUGCAGAGCAGCAGCUGCAGGUCCUGCAGGAGAAACAGCAGCAGCUGCUGAAGCUGCAGCAGCAGAAGGCCAAACUGGAGGCCAAGCUCCACCAGACCACCUCUGCAGCCGCCACUGCCUCUGGUGUGGGGCCCAUCCACAAUUCGGUGUCAUCCAACGCCUCCUCUGCUCCAGGCUUCUUCAUUCACCCCUCUGAUGUCAUCCCCCCAACACCUAAAACUACGCCCCUGUUCAUGACCCCUCCUCUCACGCCGCCCAACGAAGCGGUGUCGGCGGCCUUUAGUGCAGAGCUGGCUCACCUGUUCCCCGGCUCCAUGAUGGACCCCGGGCCUGUCAACCUGGCAGCACACAAGAGCACACAGAAAGCCAAGCCGAGCCCCAUGGGCAGUGGGCUGGCUUUGGCCAUUUCCCAGGCGUCUCACUUCCUGCAGCCUCCUCCACACCAGUCCAUCAUCAUAGAGCGGAUGCACUCUGGAGCUCGUCGCUUUGUGACCCUGGACUUUGGCCGUCCCGUCCUGCUGACGGAUGCUCUGAUCCCGACCUGUGGCGACCUGGCCUCUCUGUCCAUAGACAUCUGGACCCUGGGGGAAGAGGUGGACGGCCGCAGGCUGGUGGUGGCCACCGACAUUAGCACCCACUCUCUCAUUCUGCACGACCUGCUGCCACCACCUGUCUGCAGGUUCAUGAAGAUCACUGUGAUUGGGCGCUAUGGCAGUACCAAUGCUCGGGCAAAGAUCCCACUGGGCUUCUACUAUGGCCACACUUACAUCCUGCCGUGGGAGAGUGAGCUUAAGUUGAUGCACGAUCCUCUGCGGGGAGAGAGCGAAGCAGCCAGCCAGCCCGACGUGGAUCAGCACUUGUCCAUGAUGGUGGCACUGCAGGAAGACAUCCAGUGCAGAUACAAUCUGGCUUGCCAUCGGCUGGAGACCCUUCUGCAGAACAUUGACCUGCCGCCUCUCAACAGCGCUAACAAUGCCCAGUACUUCUUACGAAAGCCAGACAAGGUGGUGGAAGAGGACCAGCGCGUUUUCUCUGCGUACCAGGACUGCAUCCAGCUGCAGCUGCAACUCAACCUGGCUCACCACGCUGUCCAGCGGCUGCGUGUGUCACUGGGGGCCAGCCGCAGGUUGCUCCCCACAGGCGGGGCUCUGGAGGCCCAGGAGCUGGUCCACAACUCCUCCACAGAGCAGCUGAGGACCAUCAUCCGCUACCUUUUGGACACACUGCUCAGCCUGCUGCACUCCAACAACGGCCACUCUGUGCCCUCGGUGCUCCAGAGUACCUUCCAUGCCCAGGCCUGUGAGGAGCUCUUCAAACACCUCUGCAUCAGCGGGACGCCUAAGAUCCGGCUUCACGCCGGCCUCCUGUUGGUUCAGCUGUGUGGAGGCGAGCGUUGGUGGGGCCAGUUCCUCUCCAACGUACUGCAGGAGCUCUACAACUCUGAACAACUGCUCAUCUUCCCUCAGGACAGGGUGUUCAUGCUCCUGUCCUGCAUUGGCCAAAGAUCCUUGAGUAACAGUGGUGUGUUGGAGGGCCUCCUGAACCUCCUGGACAGCCUGCUGUCUCCACUGCAGCAGCCACAAGCUGCUGCUCAGCGCAGGACGGAAGGUGUUCUAGAUAUCCCCAUGAUCAGCUGGGUAGUGAUGUUGGUUUCCAGGCUGUUGGACUAUGUAGCCAGUAUAGAAGAUGAGGCCUCAGGUGGGAAGAAGCACCUUGGAGGGAAAGACCGAGAGAGAAGUUUUACAGGUAUUCAGUGGAGCUUCAUCAAUAACAGCCUUCAGUCUCAGAACUCCAGCCGGUCCGCUAAAGGCAGCAGCAGCCUGGACCGCCUUUACUCGCGCAAGAUCCGCAAGCAGCUGGUCCACCACAAGCAGCAGUUAAAUCUAUUGAAAGCAAAACAGAAAGCUUUGGUGGAGCAGAUUGAGAAGGAGAAGAUCCAGAGCAACAAAGGCUCCUCCUACAAACUGCUGGUGGAACAGGCCAAGCUCAAACAAGCCACAUCCAAGCACUUUAAAGACCUGAUUCGUCUGCGGCGGACUGCCGAAUGGCCCCGCUCCACGUUGGACACGGAGUCUACCACAGCCAAAGAAGCCCCGGAAGUAGAACCUCUGCCCUUCACUCUGUCCCAUGAACGCUGCAUCUCUGUGGUGCAGAAGCUGGCCCUCUUCCUCCUCUCCAUGGACUUCACCUGCCAUGCUGACCUGCUGCUUUUUGUCUGCAAGGUCCUUGCUAGGAUAGCCAACGCCACAAGACCCACAAUCCACCUGUGUGAGGUGGUGUCUGAGCAGCAGCUGGAGCGUCUGCUGCUACUGCUUGUGGGGACAGACUUUAACCGGGGGGACAUCUCCUGGGGGGGCGCCUGGGCACAGUAUUCCCUCACAUGUAUGCUACAGGACAUCCUAGCAGGUGAACUGCUGUCUCCGGGCUCUCUGGACAUUAUGGAUGAGGUGGCAGGGGGUGAGGAGGCCGGGGCCUCGUCCUCCUCAGCAGGAGCUGAUUCAGACGACUCGCUCCCCCAGCCGGCCUCCAUCCCCCUGGUAGAGAGCAUCGAUGAGGCCCUGGUGCCUGACAUCAUCGCAGGCACUACAGGGACCUCCUCAGUAUUCCAAAGUGCUCCACCUCUGUCAUCUUUGGAAAAAGAUAAAGACAUAGACUUUGACUUGCUACAAGACCUGAUGGAUGUUGAUAUUGAUCCUUUAGAUAUUGAUUUGGAAAAAGAUCCACUCGCUGCCAAAGUGUUUAAGCCUAUAAGCAGCACCUGGUAUGACUACUGGGGCGCUGACUAUGGCACGUACGGGUACAACCCGUACAUUGGAGGAGUUGGUAUCCCAGUGUCCAAACCUCCGGUUGCUGCUGAGAAGCCCGGCUCACAGAGUCUGUCGGUCUCCGUCUCCCAGGCACUGGAUGCCCGCCUAGAAGUGGGCCUGGAGCAGCAAGCUGAGCUGAUGCUCAAAAUGAUGGCAACUCUACAGGCUGACUCAAUUUUACAGGCCCUUAACUCCAGCUCCUCCACAGUGAGCCAGGCCUCCAAUGGGACUGAUGACUCCCUGCUCAGGGCUCUCCAUGGCGGAGGCUCUCCUCCAGCCAGCAGCCUGAUGGUGCAGCCCUCAUCAAUCCCCAUGCUGAGUGCUUGCUUCAACAAGCUCUUCUCCAUGCUGCAGGUCCACCACGUACAGCUGGAGUCCCUGCUGCAGCUGUGGUUAACACUCAGUCUCAACACGUGUUCUGGUGGCAGUGAAGAGAGUGGCUCAGACAUCUUUCUGUUCAACGCCAGCCGGGUGCCCACCAUCCCGCUCAACCAAGCAUCCAUCAGCAGUUUCCUAACCGUGCUGGCUUGGUACCCCAACACCUCCCUGAGAACGUGGUGUCUGGUGCUGCACUCUCUCACCCUGAUGACCAACAUGGCAGCCUGCGCCUCCAGCAACGGGAUGAGCUCUCAUGAGAGCACCGCCCAGCAGAUGGUGUCUGACCCCACCCUGGUCCAUGUCCUGGUGCGCUUCCUGUCCGGCAGCAGCACCAACGGGACCAGCCAGCACAGCUCUCAGGUGGGACCCACGGCCACCCAAGCAAUGCACGAGUUCCUGAGCCGCCUGCAGGUCCACCUGUCCUCCAGCUGUCCACAGAUGUUCAGCGAGUUCCUGCUCAAACUCAUGCACAUCCUGUCUACUGAGAGGGGUCCGUUCCAGGCAGGCCAGGGUCCGCUGGAUGCCCAGGUCAAGCUGCUGGAGUUCACUCUCGAGCAAAACUUUGAGGUGGUGUCGGUGGCUACUAUCUCCUCCGUCAUCGAGUCCGUCACUUUCUUGGUUCACCACUACAUCACCUGCGCUGAGAAGGUGGUGUCCCGCAGCGGCUCGGACAGCUCUGUGGGCGCCCGGGCUUGUUUUGGUGGUCUGUUCGCCAACAUCAUCCGGCCAGGAGACGCCAAGGCCGUGUGUGGAGAGACCACCCGCGACCAGCUGAUGUUCGACCUCCUCAAGCUGGUCAACGCGCUGGUGCAGCUGCCUCUGUCCGGGGACAGAGAGUUCAGCGGGCGGCUGCCGCCGGCUGGCAGCGGAGCGGCUGACAGCAGCGUGUCUGACGAGGAGAAGGUGUGCGGCAGCAAAGAAAGCGUGGCUGGUGGCUCGGCGUUCAGCCAGGGCCCCCCCGCGGGUGUGGCCGACCUGGUGCUUGCCAGUCAGCAGAUCAUGAGCCAGAUCCUGUCAGCACUGGGCCAGUGCAACAGCAGCGCCAUGGCCAUGAUUAUAGGAGCCAGUGGUCUUCACCUGACCAAACACGAGAACUUUCAUGGCGGGCUGGACGCCAUCUCGGUGGGCGACGGCCUCUUUACCAUCCUCACCACUCUCAGCAAGAGGGCCACCUCCGUCCAGGUCAUGUUGCAGCCCAUCCUCACAUACAUGGCCUGUGGUUACAUGGGCCGACAGGGGUCUCUUUCCACCUGUCAGCUGUCGGAGCCUCUUCUGUGGUUCAUCCUGCGAGUGUUGGAUACCAGUGAAGCUCUCAAGGCCUUCCAUUACAUGGGUGGUGUGCAGUUGAUCUGUAACAACAUGGUGACCAGCACCCGUGCCAUUGUAAACACAGCACGCAGCAUGGUGUCCACCAUCAUGAAGUUCUUAGAUUCCGGUCCUGGGAAGACAGCGGAUGGCAACCUGAAAGCCAGAGUGAUGACCUCAGAGCCAGACAACGCUGAGGGACUCCACAACUUUGCUCCCUUAGGCACCAUAACAUCCAGCAGCCCCACGGCGCAGCCAGCAGAGGUGCUCCUCCAGGCCACGCCCCCCCAUCGCCGGGCGCGCUCAGCAGCCUGGUCCUACAUCUUCCUGCCAGAGGAGGCCUGGUGUGACCUCACCAUCCACCUUCCGGCUGCCGUGCUACUCAAAGAGCUCCACAUCCAACCACACCUGGCCUCUCUAGCCACCUGCCCGUCCUCGGUCUCGGUGGAGAUCAGUGCUGACGGGGUCAACAUGUUGCCACUCUCCACGCCAGUCAUCACCAGCGGCCUGACCUACAUAAAGAUCCAGCUAGUGAAGGCGGAGGUUGCGUCAGCUGUUUGCCUGAGGCUGCACCGGCCUCGUGAUGCCAGCACCCUGGGUCUGUCUCAGAUCAAACUCUUGGGCCUGACGGCGUUCGGUAACACCUCCUCUGCAACCGUCAACAACCCCUUCCUGCCUUCUGAGGACCAAGUCUCCAAAACCAGCAUCGGGUGGCUGCGUCUGCUCCACCAUUGCCUGACCCAUGUCAGUGACCUGGAGGCCAUGAUGGCCAGUGCUGCCGCACCCACCGCCAACCUGCUGCAAACUUGCGCCGCGUUGCUCAUGUCACCGUACUGUGGCAUGCACUCGCCCAACAUCGAGGCUGUGCUAGUCAAGAUUGGCCUGCAGUCCACUCGCAUUGGACUCAAACUCAUCGACAUUCUGCUGAGGAACUGUGCCGCCUCUGGCACCGACCCUGCCAAUUUGAACAGUCCUCUACUGUUUGGACGACUAAAUGGCCUCUCGUCAGACUCCACCAUCGACAUUCUGUACCAGCUAGGCACCACGCAGGACUCUGGAACCAAAGACAGGAUCCAGGCUCUUCUCCAGUGGGUCCACGACUCUUCGCGAGUGGCGGCCCACAAGAUGAGUGGCCCCAUGGGAUACCCUGGCGCCAGUGCUGGCUCGUCGUCUGCUUCGUUGAGGGAGUACGGCCUGCUCAUGCCCUCGCCCUCCCACCUCCACUGUGUGGCAGCCAUCCUCUGGCACAGUUACGAGCUGCCUGUGGACUACGACCUGCCUGCACUGCUCAACAGAGAGCUCUUUGAGCUGCUGUAUAACUGGUCCAUGUCGUUGCCGUGCAACAUUGUGCUGAAGAAAGCUGUGGACAGCCUGCUGUGCUCAAUGUGUCACAUCCACCCCAGCUACUUCUCGCUGCUCAUGUCCUGGAUGGGGAUCGUCUCUGUGCCCAGCGCCAGUCACUCUCAAGCCCAGCACCACCGCCUCUCCAUGACUGAUGACGGAAAAAAGCAGCACGACGCCAACACCAAUGCUGCAGGACUUACCGAUGACUCCAAGCAUGCUAGACCCCCCAUUAAUCUGUCGGAGUCCCAGUUAGCUACGCUGGCAGCUGCCUCCCAGUCUCCGGGAGCCAUUGAGCAGCUGCUUGACUCAGGCUUACCCUCACUGCUGGUUCGCAGCCUCACCCAGUUCUGUGUCGCCCUUCUGGCCAGUGCCGACCUGCCUCUGCCCGCUGCUCAGGCUGAGAGACGUCAUCACCAUCAUCACUACCACUCAUCCUCCUCAUCCUCACACAUUCGGCCACCUCUGGCUGCGGAGCUGGCUGCUCCGGUGCUGCGCUUUCUUACUGAAGUAGGCAAUAGUCACGCCAUGAAAGACUGGUUAGGAGGGCCAGAGGUAAACCCGCUCUGGACAGCACUGCUCUUCCUGUUGUGCCAUUCCAGUGCCAGUGCCGGUGCCAAUACAGGCCGUCAGUCCCUGGGCUCUGGGUCAGCGGCAGGCCCCCCACCAUCCCAGCCUCAAGCUUCAGGAUCACGCUUCUCCCUGUCCUCUUCUGGCCAGGCAGGAGGACUCAGCACCCAGCAGAGGACUGCUCUGGAGAACGCCACCGUGGCCUUCUUUCUCCAGUGUAUCUCCUGCCACCCUAACAACCAGCGACUCAUGGCUCAGGUUCUCUGUGAGCUCUUCCAGUCUGCACCCCAGCGAGGCAACGUGCCGAUCUCUGGAAACAUCUCAGGCUUCAUUCGAAGGCUGUUCCUGCAGCUCAUGCUGGAGGACGAGAAGGUCACAGUCUUCCUACAGUCUCCCUGUCCGUUAUACAAAGGACGUAUCAAUGCCACCAGCCACAUGAUCCAGCACCCCAUGUAUGGAGCAGGCCACAAGUACCGCACCCUCAAUCUGCCCAUCUCCACCACGCUGGCUGAAGUCCUGGACCGGGUGUCUGACACACCCAGCAUUACAGCCAAGCUGAUCAAUGAGCAGAAGGAGGACAAGGAGAAGAAGAAUCAUGAAGAGAAGGAAAAGAUGAAAGCAGACAGUGGCUUCCAGGACAACUACAGUGUUGUUGUGGCCUCAGGCUUGAAGUCCCAGUCCAAGCGAGCUCUUUCAACCCCUCCCAGACCUCCAUCGAGGAGGGGUCGCGUGAUGAGUGACAAGUUGACUGCUUCAUCUGGUGUGGACCCUUCAGCCAAAACUAUUAGUGUGCCUGUCUUCCACCUCUACCACAAGCUGCUCCCAGGUCAGCCCCUUCCACCUGAGAUGACUCUGGCCCAGCUACUGACACUCCUGUACGACCGCAAGCUGCCACAGGGCUACCAGUCCAUCAACCUGACAGUCAAACUGGGCUCCAAAGUCAUCUCUGAUCCUGGCCUUUCCAAGACAGACUCCUUCAAGAGGCUACGCACUGAGAAAGUGGACCACUGUGACAUGCUGAACAGCUGUCCUGAGGACGAACCAAUGGCAGCCAGUGAAGAGUGUCUGGAUGCUGCCACUGACGAGUCCCUGCUGGAGACCAACCCCAUCCAGUCCCCACUGCAGGUCUUUGCAGGCAUGGGCGGCUUGGCCCUAAUCGCAGAGAGGCUGCCCAUGCUCUACCCCGAUGUCAUUCAGCAGGUGUCAGCGCCACCAGUGAGUCAUACGGCCAAGGACAAGGGGGAAAGCCCACGACCACCCGCCGCCGAGCCUCCACCCAUCAACAAGCAGCAGUCUCAGUCAUCCUCGUCAUCAUCCUCCUCAGUGCAGACCAUGUCCCCCAUCCCGGCCCACUCGCUGGCGGCCUUCGGCCUGUUCCUGCGCCUGCCUGGCUAUGCAGAGGUGCUGCUGAAGGAGAGGAAGCACGCCCAGUGUCUGCUGCGCCUGGUGCUGGGCGUCACAGACGAUGGAGAGGGCAGUCAUAUCCUGCAGUCUCCAUCGGCCAACGUGUUGCCCACGCUGCCGUUCCAUGUGCUGCGAGCGUUGUUCAGCAGCACUCCUCUGACCACUGAUGACGGCGUUCUGCUACGGCGCAUGGCUCUGGAGAUCGGGGCCAUCCACCUCAUCCUGGCCUGUCUGUCGGCUCUCAGCCACCACGCCCCCCGCAACCCCAACGCCAGCACCAGUGUGUCUGAGCCGCAGAUAUCCAGUUGUCACGGUGGGGGGACCAGUGAGGAGCAGCAGCUGUACUGGGCUAAAGGAACUGGUUUUGGGACUGGAUCCACUGCCUCAGGCUGGGACGUGGAGCAGGCCCUCACCAAACAACGGCUAGAAGAGGAGCACGUCACCUGUCUACUGCAGGUCUUGGCAAGUUACAUCAACCCAGCAGGCUCCAGCAGUCCCCACAGUGCUGAUGGCUCUUCAGCAGACAGCAGAGCCCAGAACAGCUCGGCGCUGCCAGCUGUGCUGCAGGAGUUGUUGAGUCAGUCCUGCCUCAUCCCUGCCAUGUCCUCCUACCUACGCAACGACUCAGUCCUAGAUAUGGCCCGUCAUGUGCCCCUGUAUCGGGCACUAUUGGAGCUGCUAAGGGCCAUUUCCACAUGCACGGCCCUGGUUCCUCUGCUGCUGCCUCUCUCCGGAGACCCGGGCCAGGACGAGGAGGACGAGGAUGAAGAACACUGUGAGGGACAGACCUCUGUAGGGAUGCUGCUUGCCAAGAUGAAGACAUGUGUGGACACAUACACCAAUCGUCUCAGGUCAAAGAAAGAUAAGAGUAAAGGUGUGGUGAAGGCAGACAGCUCCGAUCCAGAGCCCGAGGGUUUGACUCUGCUGGUGCCUGACAUCCAGAGGACAGCUGAGAUAGUCUACGCUGCUACUACCAGCCUACGGCAAGCCAACCAGGAGAGGAAGCUGGUGGAGUCUUCCAGGAAGGUGUCCAGUCGUCCCAAGCCCCUGUCCAUUCUACGCUCUCUAGAGGAAAAAUACGUAGCUGCCAUGAAGAAGCUGCAGUUCGACACGUUUGAAAUGGUCUCGGAGGACGAGGAUGGAAAAGUCAUGUUUAAGGUCAACUACCACUACAUGUCUCAGGUGAAGAACUCCAGCGAUACAAACAGCGCAGCCCGAUCCCGCCGCCUCGCGCAGGAGGCCGUCACCCUGUCCACCUCUCUGCCCCUGUCAUCCUCUUCCAGUGUCUUUGUCCGCUGUGAUGAGGAGAGACUGGACAUCAUGAAGGUUCUCAUCACAGGCCCAGCCGACACACCAUAUGCCAACGGCUGCUUUGAGUUUGAUGUGUAUUUUCCCCAAGACUAUCCCAACUCACCUCCGCUGGUCAACCUGGAGACCACCGGUGGACACAGUGUGCGCUUUAACCCUAACCUGUACAAUGAUGGCAAAGUAUGUUUAAGUAUCCUCAACACAUGGCAUGGGAGACCAGAGGAGAAAUGGAACCCACAGACCUCAAGCUUUUUACAGGUGCUAGUGUCGGUGCAGUCCCUCAUUCUGGUGGCUGAGCCCUACUUCAACGAGCCAGGGUAUGAACGCUCCCGCGGGACUCCCAGUGGCACCCAGAGCUCUCGGGAAUAUGAUGGCAACAUCCGGCAGGCCACCGUCAAAUGGGCCAUGCUGGAGCAGAUGCGCAACCCCUCGCCAUGCUUCAAAGAGGUGAUCCACAAACAUUUCUACCUGAAGCGAACUGAGAUCAUGUCCCAGUGUGAGGAGUGGAUCGCUGACAUCCAGCAGUACAGCAGCGACAAGAGGGUGGGCCGCACCAUGUCCCAUCAUGCUGCUGCACUAAAGAGACACACGGCCCAGCUCAGGGAGGAGCUUCUGAAGCUGCCCUGCCCCGACGGCCUGGAGGCCGCCAGCGACGAGUUCUCCCUCCUCCUCAAAGAGCUGCCCAAUCAGGACGCAGAGAAGCCUGGGGGCAGCCAGGAUGGCCCCUGCAGCGAGGGCCAGCUAUGAGCCCCAGCACCUCCUCCCUCCUUAUGAUGAUUAUUACUCUCGAAAGGACUUGAUGGCUUCUGAGCACAAGCCACCACUUUGUCAAUAUUUGUAUGUAAAGAUCUAAUAGGCGGGGAUGUGGGAACCAGAACGCGGUGAGACGAACUAUGAAGUGUGCUACGCCCUUAUGGAAAAACUUUUAUUUACCUGUAAAAGAGUGUAAACAUUUUGUGCUUUUUUCCAAUUGUGAAAUAACCACUGAUUGGUAUGUUAUUAAACUUGUUUAUGUAUACAUAAUGGCAGAGAAAAAAUUACAGAAUAUAUAAGGGAAACUACCUUUAGAGAAGAAUGUUUACUGAAUGUUAAUUUCCUUCUUUUUUUUUUUUUUUGACUGGUAGAGUGAGAACAGUUGUAACCAAGGAUAUUGGUCAUUCUUUAAGGAUAAUAUUUAAAAAACGAGAGAAAAAGAAAACCUCUCGUAACAGAAUCGGAGAUAAAAAACCAUUGCUUCAUUUAAUUUCUCUGGGAUCAUAUCCUCUCCAAUAAAGGCUGAGAUCGACGUUCUUAAAUGCUGUUAUCCCUUUUACAGGCUCCAAAUUAAAAAGCACCAUGCUCUGGAUAAACUUUUGUUGCCUCUCAGAACUUCUCCAUGACCAUUUUCCAUCGACAUGCCUGUAGAUCAUAAGACUGUGUGUCAGAGCCACAUGGGAAAUGUAUUUUGAAGGCCUGUGCAUGUGUAUGUGUGUUUUCUGUGCGUGUGCAACAAUCCCCAGUGAGAUACAAAGCUGUGAUGUGCCUUUGAUCUACACCAUACCACCAAAUACUCCAACAGAGUACCUUUACUGAUUUCUUUGCUAUUUCUACAAAAUUAAUAACUCUGCUCCGUCUGACAUACAAAUUGCUUUGAUCUUUUCCAUUAUGUUGAACUUCAGUGAUCAAAAAAAUGCACUUUCUAUUUUACUCACUCCUUAGAACAGUCACAUACUCCUUUUGCUAGGACAUUAAAUGGAGCUUGAAAGUA